AUGGCAGGAGAAUAUCAGGCCGAAGAUGUACGUCCAACUCGGUGCGGAAGAUGUGUUCAGGUUUACAGGGAACGAGACGCACACAGACUACUUUCGGCUGGUGCUCCGGGACGGGAACUAUCUUCUGGUCGGCGGAAGGAAUCUCGUGCACAAUCUGAGCUUAACCGACCUGACCGAGCAGCAGAGGCUGACUUGGUACUCGACCGACAGUGACGUGAAGAUGUGCCUGGUGAAGGGCACGCCGGAGGAGAACUGUCAGAACUACAUUCGCAUCCUGGUGAAGACGGACACGAACACGCUGCUGGUGUGCGCGACGAACGCGUUCAAGCCGAUGUGUCGGGACUACGGGGUUCAUCCCGGGAAUUACACGAUUCUGAAGGAGAAAGGGGGCCAGGCGAAGUGCCCGUACGACCCCAGGCACAACAGCACUUUCGUCUACGUCGACGGGGAGCUAUAUACCGGCACCGUGGCCGAUUUCGCGGGAAUGGACCCGAUCAUCUACAGGGAGCCGCUGCAGACCGAGCAGUACGACUCGAAGAGUUUGAACGCGCCGAAUUUCGUCAGCUCCAUGGCCCAGGGAGACUUCGUCUAUUUCUUCUUCCGGGAAACCGCUGUGGAGUAUAUCAAUUGCGGCAAGACCGUCUACUCUCGCGUGGCGAGAGUCUGUAAAUACGAUCGAGGUGGUCCGCAUCGGUAUCGCAAUAGGUGGACCUCGUUCCUAAAGUCCCGUCUUAAUUGCUCCGUCACCGGAGACUUUCCUUUUUACUUCAAUGAAAUACAAUCAACGACGGAACUGAUAUCGGGUCAGUACGGCAAUAAGUCGGCCCAGCUGAUAUACGGCACGUUCACCACUCCUGUGAACAGCAUCAGCGGCUCGGCCGUCUGCGCCUUCUCCUUGCAGGACAUCACCGACACGUUCAAGGGCAACUUCAAGGAGCAGAGCGCCAUCAACUCGAACUGGCUACCGGUGCAGAGCACCAAGGUCCCCGACCCGAGGCCUGGACAGUGCGUGAACGAUUCUAGAUCGCUGCCCGAUCUAACCCUGAAUUUCAUCCACACGCACUCCCUCAUGGACGAGCUCGUGCCGAGUUUCUUCGGCCAGCCCAUCGUGAUUCGCACCAGUUUUCAUUACAGAUUCACGCAGAUCGCCGUGGAUCCCCAAGUGAAGACGCCCGGCGGCAAGACGUACGACGUGUUGUUCAUCGGCACGGACAACGGCAAGGUGAUCAAGGCGGUGAACGCAGAGUCCGCGGACACUCACCUGAAGGUGAGCCCGGUGGUGAUCGAGGAGAUCCAGGCGUUCCCGUCCUCGGUGCCAGUUCGCGGCAUCAAAGUGGUCAGAGCUUCUCAGGCCGGCGAUGGCCUCGAGGACGGUCGGCUGGUCGUGAUCGCCGACAGCCAAGUCCAGGCCUUGAGGCUGCACCGCUGCUACAGCGAUAGGAUCUUGUCGUGCGGGGAAUGCGUCGCUCUGCAGGAUCCUUAUUGCGCCUGGGACAAAGUGGAGGGCAAAUGCAGAGCCUUGGUGGGUCCGGCGUCCACGGACGCGAGCAGAUUCCUGCAGAGCGUCGCGACAGGCCUGCACGCCUCUUGUCCGCCGAGUAAAAGCUUGAACAAGGACGCGGGCAGCGUCGGAGCGAUCUCCGCGAACCAGAAUAAAUUCCCGCAGGACUCGAUGAUCCCCAAUAAAGAAGGCCAAGGGGGAGAGAUCAUCAAUAUCAUGCAGGACGAGGAGCAGGAUAAUUCAGGUAGCUACUCCGUGGAGACUCUGGUGAUGGCUGUGGUAGCUGGUGCGGUAGCGGCUCUGAUGGUCGGUUUCGUGGCGGGCUAUCUGUGCGGCAGAAAGUGCAGGAAAGACGAGGACGACAACCUGCCGUACCCUGACACGGAGUACGAGUACUUCGAGCAGCGUCAGAACGUGAACAGGUGAGAGUCCUCGAUCCUACCGGUAGCUGCCAGGCUAGCGCCGGAGCCGAAGCUGCUGCCCCAGGAGGAGGUAACGUACGCGGAACCGGUGCUGGUUCCACAGCCCCCGAAGUUGCACUCGCCGAAAGGAACGAUGCGGAAACCUCCGCCAACGCCGACGGAAACGCUGUUCCAAUUCCCGGACGGUUACGGUUUCCGCGGUCCGAGGGACAACUUCGGUACCCUGCGCUCGCACCAGGGCGACGCGUAUCGGCGCAACGACGGGUUCGCGACCACCCGGAGCGUGAAGAAGGUUUAUCUCUGA